GAGGGAGUGACUUGAUCGAGGCGGUCGUCCAAUUAUAUGGAAGCAGCACUUAUUCCACUUUAUUCCAGGCUACAGUUAAGUGGCUUUGAAACCUUCAGAGACACACAGGCGUGUAGUAUGAAGGCAGCGGGAGCAAUAGGCAGGGAGACGGUGCCCAUGUGACAUGUCAACGGGAAGCCAAAGACAAAAGGUGGAAAUAUCUACUACGGCAAAGUGAGGCGGCGCGCGGCGGAGGAGACGCGGAGGAGACGCGGAGGAGACGCGGAGGAGACGCGGAGGAUGCUCCAAAUCAAAUCCACGAGGGGCUCCUUUUUUCCCGUUUGGAAAUUCACGGCUUCAUAUGAAUGAUUCAUGAGAGACCGUUUUUUUCUGUUUCUAAAGGGAGUAAUUGCGCUCGCAGUGAGCUUCAGUCGAUACAACCUGCAGAAAGACGGUAGUUAGUGGAGCUGGGAUCACAUCCCGGAGACAAAUGUAAAGUCAGUGCAUUUGGAGGAGUUUGAGACGCGGUCCUUUUUUGUCUUCUUUUUUUUCUUUUUUCUGCGGGGCACUGGACCUCAUCUGUCAAAGGGAUCAACUGUUGCUGCAGCCGGAGCGAUCACAGAGACAUUCUCCAAGUGGUGUCUGGCUUUCACAAUGGAUGUUUGACCGCAUGCAGCCACGCAGCCGGCGUUGUGUGAUUAACAUGGAAGAGAGACUGAUUCUGUUGCUGAUGCCUCGGAUACACCUUCAUCUGUCCUGAUGUGAUGCCACAUUGUUGCACUGAGGAGAAUGAUAAUACCCCACACCGCUGCCGGCGUUUUCAUACUGGUUGAUCAUCAGUGUGUGUGAAACGAUACACGUUUACUAUUCUUUCUUCGCACAGGGACCAGUUUGGACAUUUCCACUCACCGGUUCAUUUGUUAUUUACAGGCUUUUUUUGUUGUUGUUGUUUGUUUGUUUUCGUGACCUUGCCCGAGAUUAUCAUGCUGAUGAUGAUGAAGAACAGCGGCAUGGAUGCGCAUCAGGUUGAUAUCGAUUCGGAAUUCGAGCCCCACAGUCGUUCGCGGUCGUGCACUUGGCCGCUGCCGUGUCCGGAGGAUUUCCCCGCGGGAGAAGAGUCGAGCCGGGCUCUGGCGUCGGUCAAAGUGGAGCAGUACAACGCGCCGGCGUGCCGCGCCGAGAGAAAAGGCGGCGCGCCGGCGGAGAUCAAGCACCCGGCCGGCGCCCCGGCCCCGGUGGUGGCCGCUCCCGCCUGCAUGUCCGGGGCUGCGCUCGACGCGGCCGGCCAGCUGCGCAAAGCCAAGUCCUCCCGACGGAACGCGUGGGGGAACCUGUCGUACGCAGACCUCAUUACCCGCGCCAUCGAGAGCACCCCGGAGAAGAGACUCACGCUGUCCCAAAUUUAUGACUGGAUGGUUCGCUUUGUUCCUUAUUUCAAGGAUAAAGGCGACAGCAACAGUUCAGCCGGAUGGAAGAACUCAAUCAGACACAAUCUGUCCCUGCACAGUCGCUUCAUCCGGGUGCAAAACGAAGGGACGGGGAAGAGUUCGUGGUGGAUGCUGAACCCCGAAGGAGGGAAGAUGGGGAAGGGACCCAGGCGACGGGCGGCCUCCAUCGACAGCGACACCCGCUACUUGAAGACCAAGGGUCGCAUUAGCCGAAAGAGAGCAGGAGCCAUGGGCCUCGGACGGGGACAAGGUCAGCGGGCCGGACCCACAAUGCAAGGCUCCCCGGAGCAUGGCAGUCCAGCGGGGAAGGGAGGCGUGGGAAUGGGGGGUGAGGAGUACGACACCUGGACGGAUCUCCAUUCCCGCACCUCCUCCUCUGCCUCCACCAUGAGCGGCUGCCUGUCCCCGAUCCUUGCCGAGGCCGAGGCUGACGAGCCGGAGGAAGGUGGACUGUCCUGCUCAGCCUCCCCUCGACUGUACCCCAGCCCCUCCAGCACCCGCUCCCCGGCGCUGGGCACUGGGGGCCACUGCCCGACUGUGGAGCUGCCCCAGCUGACUGACUUGACAGGGGCGAUCAGUCUAGACGAGAGUGGCUACCCUCAGCCCCAGCAAAUCAAAUGCAACGGUUAUCCCUACGUGCCAGCGCCCAAGGCAGAGGGCGCCUACUGUGGGCCCAUGUACGGACAGCCUUCCAUGGGCAUGCUCCGGCAUCACACUCUCAUGGAGACCAUCCAGGAGAACAAGCCAGUCAGCUUCCAGCGCCCAAUGAGGGGCUACUCAGAGAACAACGCUCUGCAGAGUCUGCUUACUGGAGGUCCGCCGUACUGCAACAAAGAGACAGUGCUGGGCCAGGGACGGGAAACACACACACUUAUGACACACGGGACCAAUGGUAUUCCCAGCCAGCACAGCCACAAUCAGAAUCGCAGCCACAAUCACAAUCCCAGCCAAGAGCAUGCUCACAAUCCCAGUCUACACAAUGGCCACGGCUCAGUCCUUGACCAGAACACAACACACCAUCAGAACCACAAUCAGGGUCACAAACACCAAGCCAGCCUCGACUACAGCCUCAGCCACAAGCCCCUGCCUGCCCACGACUACGGUUCGAGUCACGAGCACGGUCACAGCAACAAAGUAAACGCCACCCACGAUCACAACCCCCGCUCCAGCCAGAGUCAUAUGCACAAUCACAACCCCCACAACCCUAUGCACGGUGGGCCCCACCCACAGGCCCUUUCCCCAAGGGUCAGCACCGACAUCCUGCAGCCCUACAGCCUCAAGACCUCCAGCCACUACGGGCCCCGACCACACCUCCCGACGUCGCCGUCCCUGCCGCCCAACCCCGCCGCUGUCAUGGACGUUCCCCAGGUCCCCUGCCGCUUGGCGUCCGCGCCUCAACCCCGUCACCAGCCUUACCCCGGAGCCCACCACCAGGGCAUCGCUGACUCUUGGCACGGCUACUACCAUAACAACCACCAGCCGGGGAACGCCGGUUACCAGGGGCAACAGCACAAUUCCCAUGGCAGAAUGGCUGCCAACCUGGAGAUGGAGAAUGUCCCUAAUAGUCUGGACUGUGAUGUAGACUCUAUCCUGCUCAAUGACUUCAUGGACACAGAGAGCAUGAGCUUCAACUUUGACGGCUCUCUGUCCCAAGGUGUGGGGAUGGGGAUGGGCAUGAGCUUGGGGGCGUUUGCUUGCCCUCCACCAGCACACAGCAACCAGAGCUGGGUGCCAGGGUGAACCCAGGCCUCAAGGGUUCGGAUGGACACAUGACCGGAAAGCUCACCCACCGGGCCAGGCUGCUGAUGGGCUGUACCCUUGGACUGACUUGACUGUGAUUCUGUUUUUCUGAGACCGUAGAACAAAAUACGUAUUGUCAUUUUGUUUCCUGGGGACUCCAUACACCCCCACACCCUGUUUAUAAAGCCUCCUGUCUCCGUAUUGAACCUGCCCCCGAUGAGCCCAUUCCUAAAGCACCCCCCCCCCUCGUUCAUGCCCUUCAGUUUUUUCUGUGUUUUUGUUUUUUUAUAUGGUCUCAACCCAAUCUCGUACUGCCUGUCCUAAGCUCUCAAGCACUUUACAUCCAUCCUUUCCAUACAGAUGCAGUAACACAAAGACCAGGUGAAGUCGCGUUGUGUGUUGGCUUAAGUUAAAUGUAUGCAAUCCACUUUACAGUAUUAUCUCCUCAUACAAAGGAGGUGUUGUUUUUGACUUGAGAACAUGAUCAAACAGCUGCAUAAAUAUAUUUCAAUGUAGAGGUGCGCUCAGAUAGGGGUUUAAACGCAGGCAGGCUUUGAGGUGUAAGGAUGAGGAAUAAAUAGGUUUUUAGAAGAAAACCACAAACAAAUGAGGGAUGAGGGGAUAGAAAGGAAGUGAUCUCCAUGAUCAGUGAGACUUCUCUCCUUGGUGAAAAGUAGUGCUUUCCUAUUUAGUUCAGCGGAGGAGGACAGCCAUACAUCAGGAAACCAUCAGCACGAAAUGCAACGUCCCGUCUUUAAUCUCCAAAGUAAUGCCAGAGUGAUCCAUCGCUAUUGCAAAUCUAAUGCGCCACUCUUUUUUCUAGCCCCCCCCCCAAACCACCCCCCUCUAUCCUCAACUCCGGACACACCGGCUUAAUGUGCUUUGGCGAAAGUGAUGAUUAAAGUCACUCUGCACUAAAUGGGGGAGGGAUUUAGAGGCGGUGAUGUUGUAGAGAGGGGGGGGGGGGCGACGAUAGGAGAAGGAGAAAUGCAAAUAUUCCUUUUUCGUGCCUCUUCCUCUCCAUUUUGUGGAUUUAUGUGGCUUUCCCUGUAAUGAAAUAAGCAACGACCAGAGCCCGCACCGCGCGCGUCCCCAGGAGCUCUCCGAUUGGCCUGCUGCGGCUCCGCCUCGGCGCGGCUCCUUGGCCCAGGCUGACCUCAGAACAGCUUAACCGAGCAGCUGUGGUCAGGCCCGGAUGUUGGUGGAGCCGCCGUUCUCAGACCCCCCCCCCCCACCACCUGGUCAACCCUGUCUAAUUCACUUAACACCCCAGGUCCAGGCCCACUAUGUGCUUUUACUCCUGCGAAUUGCAAACUUGAUGAACAGCGUCAGCAGAUUAUUAUUUGCCGCUAUCUCUUCCUCCCAGGCCCCCCCCCCCCACCCCCCACCCCUCCCCCUCUAUCACGCCGCACCAUCCCGAGGUUACUCAGAGGGUAAACAAGAGUAAUUAACCCGCCAAACAAGAUGGAUGAUUUAUGCAAGUUUGUGCGUUCGCUCACCGGCACAAAGUCAUAAUUCUCCCUCCCUUCAAGAACAAGUAAGGGGGAUUGUUGAGAGGCCAUCCCCGUCGACAAGGUAAAGCGCCUGGCAAGCGGUGAACUUGCUUACAGCGUCCUUCGAGUCCUUUCGAGUCCUUUCGAGUCCUUCAAGCGCCUCUUUUGCAAGCGGACCGUGGCUUCACUCUGCUGUCGUCUCUUCUCGUGCUCGUCCCGUGGUUGUGCAGUCGUCUGUCCUGUUACAAUACAGCAUGGAUAAAAGCUUUUUUUUUUUGUGUGCGUUUUUUUCAUUCUGUUGAUUCCCAGAGAGAAAACAGUCAAAGGGGGCCUUUGCCCGACCCCUUGUCCUGGCACCUGUCCCACUCGAGAUGAAGAAAAUGGGAGAGAAGUGGCCCUGGGAGAGAGGGAGAGAGAGAGAGAGAAGAACGGUAGAUAGAUACAGCGAGACCGAGCAGGGGAGGGAGGGAGCCACAUGAAUAGGCAGGAUCCGUGAGACUGAGAGAGAUUUUCCAGCUCGGUAGCUAUCUGUAGAAUUGGCUGUUUGAAUCGGGCCAAAUGUCAAGUGCUUCUCAGAACAGCUCCAGCGAGCUUUGACACGAAAGAAGCCACCUCUCCCCCCCUCCCCCGCACCCCCACCGAUCAAGGACGGCGACGGGUGUUUUCAUACGCGUUUCUUUAGCUCCCUGCUUUGCGUUUCAUAAGUUAAGGUGGCCCAUUGUCGUAACACAAACUGUAAUUUGUUCUCUGGACUGUGUGCACUUGUGUGUGUGUCAAGCUUCUCGUGGGUGUGCGGGUGUGUGUGUGUGUGUGUGUGUGUAGCACAAUGAUGUACAAGAAAUGAUCAAGGGAAAAUUCUUGAGAACUAACAUGCCCUGGUAUUUUCCAUGCCUGGAUGAGUGCAGCAUACAUAAUAUAUACAGUUUAUAUUUAUUGGUUAGGGAGAAUGGGUCUAUGGAGGACCACUUAGACCCCUCUCUGCUUCGUCUCCUGAUGACAAAGAGACAGAGUGCUAUUUCAGUUUGACUUCAUUUCAUUCUGUACAUAAUCUAUAUUGAAAAAAUUGUAUUAUAAUUUUUUUGCAAAUAUCAAUUUCUUUUUUCUAAAAUGAUGUAUCUGCUCAUCUGGUGACCGUAAAAUAAACGAAUAAAAAACAAAAAUGAAUA